AUGUUAGGUAAAGCACCUAAUGCAGCAUUGUGGAGUGGCCUCUUCACUCACUUAACAGAAUCUUGGAAUAACUUUAAGGGCCUAGAUCCAAACUAUACAACAUGGAUGGAUAUCAUGGAGAAACACGGCUACCGAACACAAAAAUUUGGAAAAUUGGACUAUACUUCAGGACAUCACUCCAUUAGAUUUAUCUUGAUUUAUAUCGUAGGCGAAAUUAUUUUGGCUCUUCGCCAGUUAGAUCUUCUUCAGAAAACGAUUGUCAUAUACACCUCAGACCACGGAGAGCUGGCCAUGGAACAUCGUCAGUUUUAUAAAAUGAGUAUGUACGAAGCCAGUGCCCACGUUCCACUCUUGAUAAUGGGACCGGGGAUUAAGGCCAACCUACAAGUAUCGAAUGUGGUUUCUCUUGUGGAUAUUUACCCUACUAUGCUUGCUAUUGCUGGAAUUCCUCUGCCUCAGAACCUGAGUGGAUAUUCUUUGUUGCCACUGUCAUCAGAAAAAUUUAAGAAUGAACAUAAGUUCAAAAACCCACAUCCGCCCUGGAUUCUGAGUGAAUUCCAUGGAUGCAAUGUGAAUGCUUCCACCUACAUGCUUCGGACUAACCAGUGGAAGUAUAUAGCCUACGCUGAUGGUGUUUCAGUAUUGCCUCAACUCUUUGAUCUUUCCUCAGAUCCAGAUGAACUAACAAAUAUUGCUACAACAUUUCCGGAAAUUACUUAUUCUUUGGAUCAGAAGCUUCGUUCCAUUUUAAAUUACCCUAAAGUUUCUGCUUCUGUCCACCAAUACAAUAAAGAGCAGUUUAUCAACUGGAAACAAAGUGUAGGGCAAAACUAUUCAAAUGUUAUAGCAAACCUUAGGUGGCAUCAGGACUGGCAGAAAGAACCGAUGAAGUAUGAAAGCGCGAUUGAUCAGUGGCUUAAAACCCAUACUAUCCAAACAAAAUUGGAACAAAAAUAAGAAAAUAAUGUUCAAGAGCUACAAAGAAAUAUGUUAAAAGAUCAUGAUUAAUUAUGUUUUAAAUA